UUGCUAGAUGUUCGUCCACAUAUUUAUUUACCUGUUGCACAUUCGGUGCUUCGUCGACUGUCUCCCUUCUUACGCGCAGUUGAUUUCGCUCUCGACUGGUUGCUUGUCGACACAGGGAUGACAGUCUAUAGAGAAGGUGAUCUAGCGGACUCGAUGUUUGUCAUGCUGAGUGGUCGUCUCCGUUCUGUAGAGAAAAAGACGUUAAUAGAGGAGUUUGGACGAGGGGAUGUGCUUGGCAUGAUGGAGGUACUGCAGAAGAAACCACGCGCUACAACUGUUCUAGCAGUGCGAUUCUCACAGCUGGCUCGCAUUCCGGAAGGCUUACUGAAUUUCAUAAAACUUCAGUUUCCGCAGGUUGGCUUUCGUUUGGUGCAACUACUUGGCCAGUACUAUAGCAGUUUGCAUCGGCGUAUGCCAUACCCACCGGCUACAUCACUGGAAGGGCCCGGUGAUCCAAUGAACCACAUAAAGAAUUUACACACCAUAGCAGUUGUUCCUGCAUCUGCAGCGGUUCCAUUGGUACCAUUUACCUGCGAGUUGUACCAUGCAUUGUCAGCAAAUUUAAAUGUCCUCAGACUGAGCAGCCAGAAGGUCGCUGCACAUUUGGAUAGUAGCGUAUUGGAAAAGUAUACGUUGAUUAUUAUUCCUAGUAAAUAUCGUGGAAGAGUUCCGAAGCUUUGGGAGUGCGUUCGUUUUAGGCAAGCUGACUUUCGCUUAAUGCAUUGGUUGAAUGUGCAAGAAGAUACUUGUCCACUUGUUAUUUACGAAUGUGACUAUACAGCGACCAACUGGACGCGAAGGUGUUUACGGCAAGCUGACGCUAUUCUUGUAGUUGCAAUGGGAAAUAAGAAGCCUCAUCAUCAAACGUUGAUGCGGGAGCUGUUAAGUACCAAUCAAGAUGGUGCACGUACAAAUAAGGAACUUGUUUUACUUUGGCCAGAGAAUACAAUGUCUCCGUCUGGUACGCAUGAAUGGCUGAAAGACACGUAUUAUUCAGGUCAUCAUCAUAUUCGUGCCCCCAAACGAAUGUUCCAGUGGUCUUCAAAAAAAACGCGCAAGUCUUCUAGAGAAGUCUAUCCAGUCAGGGAUAAUGAGCGCGAAAUAGUCGACUUCUAUGAGAAGAAUGUGUUCUGGACUGUGGAUUUUCGAUCAGACUUUGCGAGAAUCGCUCGUAUCCUCACUGGAAAUGCAAUCGGUCUUGCUCUUGGUGGUGGAGGUGCAAGAGGAGCUGCACAUGUUGGAGUUCUACGUGCUCUUAGGGAGAGAGGUAUUCCUAUUGACAUUAUUGGUGGUACAUCUAUCGGAGCGUUGGUGGGGGCAGUCUACGCCGGCACUCCAGAUGCAAAAGUGGAAAAGCGAACUAGGCGGUGGUUUAAUUGGAUGACAAGUCUUUGGCGAAAAGUGCUCGAUCUAACAUACGCCCAUUCUGCUAUAUUCACAGGCGCCCAGAUGAAUAAGACAUUGCAGGACUUAUUCGAAGAAAAUGAGAUUGAAAAUCUUUGGAUUCCAUACUUCUGCAUUAGCACUGAUAUCACAACUUCUGAAAUGCGGGUCCAUCGUAGCGGUCCAUUAUGGGCUUAUUGUCGUGCGUCGAUGUCUCUUGCAGGUUAUCUGCCACCAUUGUGUGAUCCACUAGAUGGGCACCUACUUCUUGACGGUGGUUACGUCAACAAUUUGCCUGCAGAUGUAAUGAGAUCAAUGGGCGCAAAAUGUGUAAUUGCUGUCGAUGUUGGUUCUUCCGAGGAAACAAACCUGUAUAAUUACGGCGAUUCUUUGAGCGGCACGUGGGUGUUAAUGAAUCGCUUAAAUCCCUGGGCUAAACCGUUGAGAAUUCUAAACAUGGAAGAGAUUCAGACACGGUUGGCCUAUGUAUCUUGUGUUCGUCAGUUGGAGAUCGUAAAGAAGGCGCCGUACUGCAGCUACUUCCGACCAGCUAUCGAACCUUUUAAAACUCUUGAGUUCAACAAGUUUGAUGAAAUCUUGGCAAUAGGUUAUGAAUAUGCUCGGAAGAAAAUCGAAGAACUUAUGCAAACAGAAUCAUUCCAUUCACUGCUAGUUGGCGAUGCUUCGCACAAUCGAUUACAUCGUCAAGUUAGCAAGAACAAAGUACGUUGA